AUGAACUCCGUGCUGAGCUAUGAGAUCAUGAUUUUGAAGCGACACUUACUGAAGAUCAUUAUCGCUUUCGUUGCAAUUUAUCUAGCCGUGACGGUUUACAACAAUGUAUUUGUCGCCCCGCUAAUUCAAGACCGUGGACCACAAAUCGAAGUCCCCAGAGCCGCGACGCCCCACAGCGCGAGCUGGAAAUCAUGGUUCCAUCCUCUCCAAGCCCGGCCGAAUGAGACCGGAGCAUCAAGUGAGGAAUGGCAUCUGUUCCAGCACCUGGGAGGAAACGGUCCCUGGAUUGAGAAAUCAGGAUCUAAUGAUGAGUUGUCUAACCUUGCACCUCCCGAGGGGUGUUCGAUUGACCAAGUACAUAUGAUAUCACGACAUGGAGAGAGGUACCCGACACCAUCUGCAGGUAACCAUCAUCUACAGCUCCUCGAGCGCAUAAGAGCACUUGAAGCACCUCUGAAUGGCUCGCUGUCUUUCCUCAACAACUGGACCUACUUCACUGAUGAUCCCUCGAGGGACUUUGGUCAACUCACCAGCACCGGGCCGUAUGCUGGUACCCUCGGUGCAUUCACCACGGGGGUCAGAUUCCGCACCCGAUACGGCAAUCUAUUACCCAAGGGCUCAACGACCCGUUUCUGGGCUAGUGACUCCCAGCGGGUCAUAGAUACAGCCCGGUAUUUUGCCUCUGGGCUGUUCGGUCUCGACUGGGAAAGCCGCAGAACUGCAGAACUACUUAUCAUUCCAGAGACGUUUGAGCGAGGCGCAGAUACCCUGACGCCGGGCGAGACGUGCCGUAAUUAUGCCGAGGACAAGUCGCGUGGCCAUGAUCUAGGUGCUAAGCAGUUGGCUCUAUUCCAGAAUUGGUAUAUUCCUAGUAUCGCUCAUCGCCUGCUGCUAACUAACCCUGCGUUGGGUACGCUGGCCAAUAUGGAAGUUUACGGCAUGCAGGAGAUGUGUGGAUCUGAGACCAUGGUUCGUGGGUCGAGUCCGUGGUGUGAUGUGUUUACGAGAGAAGACUGGGAUCACUUUGAAUAUGCUCGUGACUUGUUGCACUAUUACCGCGCUGGACCAGGAAAUGCAUAUGCUCAGGCGAUGGGAUGGCUCUGGUUGAAUGCCACGUCCACCUUGUUGCAGACUGGGAUCGAAGCAGGAACAUUGUUUUUGAGCUUUGCGCAUGAUGGAGAUAUUGUUCCCAUUCUUACGGCUUUGGGCAUUUUGUCUAACCCUGGGGAGACCCCUCUUCCGCCCAACUAUUUCACGGCCGAUAGACUCUGGCGCACUUCGUCCGUUCUGCCUAUGGGUGCACGUAUGAUUGUGGAGCGAUUAACUUGUUCGGACAAGAAUGACGAAUUUAUCAGGAUCAAUAUCAAUGAUCGGAUAAUGCCAUUGCCAUUUUGCAGGUCGGGCCCGGGAGCCUCUUGCCUGCUGGAACAUUUUAUCAAAUAUGUAGAUUCUCAGAGAGAUUCUUUUGGAGAUUAUGGACUUGCCGAACCACUGUUUACCAAAAGUUUGCCGUUUUUCGUUGCUCGACUCGAGCUUUGCCCCAUCCCAGGCGGGACCAUUCAAUCACCCAUUUACGCCUCAUUUCACCUCCUUCAACCACUCUUACAGCUCCAUACUGCAGGAUACACCUGCGGAGUACCUUUCGCAAUGGAGUACCAUGCCGUCCCUCCCGAGGAGCGCGCCAGAGAUGAGCAGGGCAACCUUUUGCCCUGGGGUUACGUUUACAAAGAUGAAUCCCGCAAUCCCCGACGACCACCAGAGGAAUCAGGACCCUUCGGCAAGAGGAGAAACGCACGAUAUGAGCAUGCUCGAUCCCGAACACGAACAGGCACCCCAGCCAAGCGCGAGAACCCCAAUGUCGCCGAAUUUGGCCGCUUAUUCGCCCAGCAAGUCGACGAAGAGAAAAUCAGCGGCCUCCCCAAGUCAAACUCAUCCUCCAGCCUCGACAACCCACGCAAGCAAACAGAAAAGGUCGCGACCGAAUGCUUCUUGUACGGGUACAAGGCCAAGGACAGCGAGUGGAAGGUUAUUGAUAAGUACGAGCGCAUCUCACAAGGCAUGAUCUGUGAAGAUUACCCACGAAGCGACCCGAACUCUACAUCUCAGUAUGCACAGCUGCUGAGCGGCGGCGACGUCGUCAUCCGCGCGAACCUGUCUGCCGAUGCGAACCGAAAGUCUAAGCGCUAUGCUGGUGGUUUCCACUGGAUUAAGGUCACAUUCGACUCGGCCCAGGCUGCGGAUCGCGCAUGCUUCUACUCACCGCAGGAGGUCGAUGGCCACUUGGUUUUCUGUGAGCUGUACCACGGCCACGGCCCUGCAGAGGAUUCCGCUAUUCCCGCAGACUCAAAGGAUGAAUCAUUGCGCACUCGUGCGCCACGUACCCUGACCUCCACACAAUCAGCCUCUUUCCUGUCCAGCAAGGACCAAGACCGCCUCACCCUGCCGCGGUCUUUCGCCAUGAACAAUCUCUCCAGUGUUAUGGAUGCCCCCGAACCAGAAGAGGGAUCGUCCUUUGACUCGUCAACUGCGACAUUCACUACGGGCACUGCCACUGGAACAACCGUUACUGCAACCGGCAUCUCCACAGGCCUUGAGCGCUCUUCAUCGUUGCACCAGCGCAACGUUCCUCCUACUCCCGUAGAGCCAAAGCCGGAAUCCGAAUACAUGACACACAUCCCUACCGUCCGACGCACAAAACUCCGCCCUCUCGCCGAGGCCCUACCCCCUCAACCCACCGUGACCGAGCGCGUGCUACGAUCCAUCCCUAUUCUGAGUUGGUUCACUGGUGAUAUUGUGGGUGAUGGACCGCAGUUCCGCGAGGACGGUGCUUUCGACUACGAUAAGUCGAACUCCUACUGGCGAUUCUGGUACAUGGUGGACAAGGUUCUCGGAACAGAUAUCUGUGGACUGAAGGAGGAGUCUUGA